AUGGCGGACACCACUGAGGAGACGAAGCAGUCCAUUUCUGGAGAGGGACAGGCUGAUGCCAACGCUUCCCUAGGCGCAAAGGGCAGCGCAGAAUCAUCGAGGCGAAAGCAAACCAACGGCGAUGCCGACGAUUCUGACCCAGAACCUCAACCAGAGAAGUCCAAGUCACAGUCGAGGCGCCGCCAAUCUCGUGGCCGUGGCCGACGAGGCCAGGAUUCUGGCGCUGAAUCAGAUGCUCGAUCUGAUGUGUCGCAAUCUGGAGGCCGUCGCAACCGACAGCGCCAAAAGAAGGGCGGAAAAGGAGGAGGCCCCCUUGACGAUAUUACAGAGAACGUACCAGGAGGCGAGCUUGUUGGCGGUGCUGGCGACAUGGUUCAAGACACUGCUGGCAAGGCUGUCGGCUCUGUUGGUAACACUGCUGGAAAGGCCCUUGGUGGUCUGACUGGAGGUGGUAAUCAAGGCCAAGAGGAGGAGGGCGGCGGCAAAGACGGUGGCGAGCAACUGCGACUGCGAUUGGAGCUCAAUCUCGAUAUUGAAAUUCAAUUGAAGGCGAAGAUCCACGGUGAUCUUACACUCGGAUUGCUGAACUGA